AUGACGCAAGGGUUCAAGCCCCUGAAACGCCCUGGCAUUGCCACUGGCAAGCGGAAAGACAAGGGCUCGGCGGCUGCCAAACCCAAGGUAGGCAAGCGUAUUGCUCCCAAGAAACAGACUGCUUUGCAAGAAGCCAUCCAGAAACGGAAAAACACCGCAUCGUCUACAACCCGUAUCGAGAAGGAGAUGGCUGGCCGCGCUCAAAAAGGGCCCCUUACCAUCAUGCGCUCCCUGGCAAAUGAAGUGGCUAAGAAAUAA